AUCGCACAGUCGACAACAAACACCCUCGAGCUCGAGAACGACCACGCGCCGGCGCACAAGACGGCCCGACGACCCCCCCGUACUCGCAUACCCCUCGACGCUCCGCACCGAACCGCUUGAACUCGUAUCACCAUGUCGGCACCAAGGGCCAUGGCCGAGCUCGUCGUCUCGUCGAUCCGGAUAUUCGGCAAGGCGAUGGCCGCGGCGGGAAAGCAGGCUGCUAGGAACGCACGACACAAGCCGGAAGGCGCGCCGGACGCGCGUCCAGUCGGCGGCGCGGGCAGCAAGAACAAGAUCACCAACGACCUCCAGAUGACGAUUGACGAGGCCCACCUCAUCCUCAACGUCAAGAAGGACGCGCCGAUGGAGGCUGUGUUGAAACAAUACGAGGCCAUUUUCAAGGCCAACGGCCCUCCCGCCCCUCCUCCCGAGCCCGCACCAGGAUCGCCCCAGGCUGCCGCCCUCGCGGCGCAGAAGGCCCGCGGCGGACCCAAGGCCAAGAAGGGCCCCACGCACUCGCACUACCUCCAGAGCAAGGUCUACCGUGCGCUUGAGAGGAUAAAGGCGGAGCGGGCGGACGAGCUCGGAGCCGCCGCGGCGGCGGAGGGUGCUGCCGCUGAGGGUGCGGCGGCGGCGGAGGGAGCUGCCGCUGCUGGUGAGGCUGCGGCGGCUGAGGCGCCCAAGCCUGGAGACAAGUCGGCGUAAGCAGUGUAGCAGUAGUCGGAUCGCAUUGAGUUGCACAUAUGCAUGGCAUUCACACCUCUGCAAA